GAGGCUUUAGGUGCUGCUGGCGGAGAGGUGGUUGUGGCUGUUGCUUCCUGCUGGGGAUACUGUGGUGGUGCAGGGAGAGCGGCGGGAGUGAGUGUAAGUAUUAGUAGUGUGGUGGUGGGAGGCAGCACACUGCCGUGGCCGCCCUCGCCGCGAACACUGCCUCACUCCACAUCUCCUGCAACACUCACACCAGCCUCAAACAACAUAUAAUAAAUAUCCCUCUAUGCCAGUUAUCCCCCCGAGGCUGCCGCCGACUGGGGCUACCACCUCCCCGACAACCCCAACAACCAUAAAUCUCUGAAUCAUAGUCUUUUUUCCCCGGAAAAAAAUAAUCUCGAGUUUGCUCUCUUCUCUUGGACUUAGUCUGUGAGAGGUUUGGCUGAACUCUGUGGCUGACCUGAGGCAGCGUAUGCUAGCCCCACCACAGGUCAUGUUGACCACUGAUAACCUCCUGCAACAACCUGCAACCGGCUUCUGCAGCCUAGCAUCUAUUUUCACGUGGUGCUACUACGCACUAGAGAGCCUAUGACUAAUUCUCCCUCAGUAAGCCGCGGGUGCCAUCGUGAACCGGUUGUGACUAUAACCUCCUUCGUCACACACUAAGCCACCCAGUGUACGCGUGUCCCCUCAGACUUAAGCUAAGCUUAUCCAGCUUAGCUAAGCCUCACUCCUCAAGCCUUUCCCAUACCAGGAGGAGGAGGAGCUCUCCCUCCUUCAGUAGUGACUUGUGUAAGGUGUUAUGAAGGCUAAUGGAUAGAUGUUAAUGCCCCUGCUGCUCUUACUCCAUUCCACCUCCACAACACUGUAUCAAGACAAGGAUUGGCUCUUUACCAGUGAUGCAACAAGAAGGCAUGUUUGGAAGUCAUCCAAAUGAGGUGUCUACUAUGUCGGAGCAAGAGACCAGUAGAAGCCCACAGAGCAGUACCUCAGAGGUUGGGGGAACCACUGAGGACAAAGCAGGGCCAGCACAUGAACCCCCCGAGAACCAAUGUUUGUCAGAUUUAAAUAGUUGUAUUAGUAAUGAUAGUGGCAUGGGAAAUACUGUAUUUUCUUCUCCAGAAAAAUGUGACAAUGAGGCAAAUGAAUCUUCAGAUGAAAACAAAGAAGCCGACUUUUGUAAUAACAUAAAACUUCUUGGUAACGGUGAUGCAUUGAAAGUGACUUGUAACGAAGAAAUUAGAAAAGAUGUGCCAUGUCAAAAUGCAACAGAUAUUAGUGACUCAGAGGUAAGUCAGGAUAUUAAAAAUAAUAUUACCUCUUUAAGUGAUGUGAAAGAAGCAAAGGACACUGCCCAUGACGGCAAAGAACACAUCCCAAGUGUUAAAGAGCCAGUACAAGAUGAAGAGGUCAAGUGUACUAGUAAAAGCGACAGUGAUACAAAGAAUGAUACUGUUGAAACGGUACAAAGAUUAGACGUAAAGGAUGAGCUUGAAGACAGUAUGAAGCAUGACACUGAAAAAGACAGUGAUGAUAAGCUUGAAAAUGGAGAAAUCGUUGAUGAGGUUUGUGUAACUAAGGAGAGCAUUGACAUACAUAAUAAAACUACGGAUUGUGAUGAAAUCAACUUAGUAUCGCUUGAGAAUGGUUGCGAGACUGAGAAAGACAGUGAUGAAUAUUGUUUAGGUAAAAAAGACACUGAAAUAGAGCUAAUAUCUGUUGAGAAGCAUGAUGAUGAAUGGGAAUUAGAAAUAAAAAGGACAUACGAUGAGACAGAGUCAGUAUUAGAAAUAAAAAAUCAAGAAAUUUCAAACCAUAUGGUAUUGAAUGAAGACAGUGAUGGAAAGCUUGCAUUAGGGUGUCAGACUAGUCAGAGUGUAUCAAAGGACAUAGUGGACAGUGACCUUGGUAUUGAUUUGGAUGCAAUAAGAGACACUGUCGAGGCUGGUGAGUCUUGUUAUAGUGAAGAUCAGGAACAUGGUGAUGCCUGUCAGGGUGAAAAUGGUUGCAUACAUCAGGAUGGAGUGUGCGAUUCUGAACAAAACUGGGAUUAUGUAAUUGAUGAAGAGUUUAAUGUGCCAAGAAAGCCAGUUUUUAACGGAUCUGCAGAUCAGCUGGAGAGGAGAAGCAGUUUAAAACGGAAAGCCAGUGAUGAACAUGAAGAAGCUACGCCGCCCAAGUGUAAAAGAGGCAUCCAGUUCGAAGGUGUAACAGUUUUCUACUUUCCACGGUCACAAGGCUUCACCUGUGUUCCCUCCCAAGGUGGCCUCUUCAUUAGGAAUGUCCGUCGGCACUCGCACAUUCGGCAGUUUUCUUUAGCAGAACAUGCUGUAGAACAGAGAAGGGCACACAGAGAAUAUCUCAUGAGAUUACGCCCGCAACGAACAGCAAGGGAGCGACGAACGAGCAGCAUUUCGGGUAGCAGUUCAGAAGACAGCGAAGAAAACAGUGAGGAGGCCAGUGAUCUUUCUGACUCAGAAUUGGAUGCUGAUUCCUACUACUUUCUUCAACCUUUACCAAUCCGUCAGCGACGAGCUCUUUUGCGUCAGGCUGGAAUCUGUCAUAUUGAGGGUCUUGAGAAGGAGGAAUGCAAGGAUAUCAGGAUGUCAAGAGAGAUGUGUGGGUGCCAGUGUAAAGUGUACUGCGACCCAGACACCUGCCAGUGUGCUGAGGCAGGAAUAAAGUGCCAGGUUGACCGCCACAACUUCCCUUGUGGCUGUUCUAGAGAAGGCUGUGGUAAUGCUUACGGAAGAAUAGAGUUUAAUCCAAUCCGUGUGCGCACUCACUUUAUUCACACACUAAUGCGCUUAGAGAUAGAAAAACGUCAGCAUCACCAGCAGCAGCACCAACAGCAACAACACUGGCAGCAUCAACAACGAGUCAAGUGGCUGGCUUCUUCUUCGCCGCCACCUAAUGGUUUUAGCAGCAGUGGAAGUACCCUGGCAAGUGGGACCCUACCAUUCUUUGAGAGCGGAAGGGAGACGAGUGGACUGGCUGUCACCGAUAUCCACAAAUUCAACUCGUCUGUUGAGAUGACUCCUUGUGUUGGGUCAGUGAACUCGCAGCUGUACCCUCAUUUCGAGUCCCGGCAGAUGAUUGGCCCAGGAGCACCGCCCUCUGUGUACAUUCAACAUGACAGUGUAGGUGACUACAACUCUGGGACAUGCUCUGUAUUUGGUGGACUGGGUACAACCUUUGACCCAUCUGCCCCAUAUGGGUCCUGCCACAGUUUUCCUCCUUCUAGCGUGGUACCUCCUCAAGCGGUACCUCCGCAGGUACCACCCCAAGUACCUCCUCCCCGGCCCACACCAGAGACCUACAAUUCUCUCUCCAAGUUCACCAAUUCCACCAAUUUGGUGUCCACUUCUUUUCCAUACUCUGGUACUGUUGCUCCUGCUCCUGUCCCUGCCCCUGUUAACUGCUCCUACACUCAGAACAACUUUUGUAUGCCUGGGGUGCAUGACAACUCUGCUGCUACAGUCUUUGGACAGUACCAUGAACCUAGUGCUUCUACACAAAAUUUAUUUAAGACUGAUGUAAAUGAAUGCAGUGAUUUUCAACCCAACUUUGAGGCUAUUUCCUCUGCUUCUCCAGACAAAGCCAGCAGAUACAUUCCAGCAUCCUCCUUAGUCGGGCCUAGCAAGGAGAUCUGCACUGAAUACUCAGCCGGAGCAACUUCAAGUGGGUGUUCCAGCAUGGUUGGAGGAAGCUAUAAGGUAGACAACUCAGCAUCGAAUGUAUCACACAGUACCAUUGGCACCUCACACUCUGACCAGCCAUUAUUGACUCAGUCUAUCAACACACCUCCACCACUCAACUUCAAUACCAGUCAUCUUGUUAGUUCUAACAAAGAUGCAAUCAUGAGUGAUGGUGAUGCAAAUCCAACUGAAGCAGCUGAAAACUUGGGAGACAUUGUUAAGAAGUCUUUGGUUGAAACUGUAUCUGCUUAAUAGGUCCCUCAAGGAACCAUAAAGAGUUUUGGGUUUGUUAUUAAACAAACUUGUCAAGUUUGAAUAUAAGGUCAAAGUACCAUAUAGAUAGUUUUUUAUAAAGAAUUAGAAAGGAUUUCAAUAAAGAUAUGUCUUUCUAUAUUAGAAAUAAUAAUAGCCCAACUUCAGUGCUAUCUAAUAUUUACGAUGGCUCAUUUAGCAACAUUCAUCAAUUCUUUCAGUGCAGCAAACACAGGUAUUCUUGUCCCAAACACAGUGUCCCAGCUUUUAAAAGUUAGCUUUCCUUUGUUCACUGCAAUUAAAGUGACAGUGAACAAUGGCAGUUGUGAUAAAAUAAAGCACUUGAAGAACUGGUACUUAAACUAAUUUAAAAUGCUCAAGUAUUUGCCUCAAAAAAAUGGGCUGUGCAUUUUAAAUGUUUACAUGGAUCUGAAAGUCAAACAUUUGUGUAGGGCAUUUUAUUUAAGGAAUUGAAUACAUUCAGUGGUAAUAGUGAAGCUGAUGUAUGGCUUCAGCUCUCAUCAUCAUCAUUCAGUGGUAAUAGUGAGGCUGAUGUAUGGCUUUAGCUCUCAUCACCACCACACACAAUCAUCCUGCAAAAAGUUCAAGGUAACAUGUUUCUAAAGUUUUUAAUUGUUGAUCUUAUUUUAUGUUUAUAUGUAUAUUUAAAUUCUAUUUUUUUUUUUUUUUUUUUUUUUUUUUUUUUUUUUUUUUUUUUUUUUUUUUUUUUUUUUAAGUUUGAUGUUUUUAGUUUUCAGACACUUUAGUUUCACACUUAUUUAACUUAACAUGGAUCUAUAUUUCCAGUCUUCCUUGUGGUCUCCUCUUUCAUAGUUUUUAUUUGAGUGUUAUUCGUAUUAUAUAUAUAAAAGAAAAAGCUUUAAUUUUGUCAAAGGCUACUGUUGAAUUGUAUGAACUUGUACAGGUUAUCACUACAGUCUUGUAAUACUGUCCUGACCACAGAUGAUCACUUUACUGUUCUCAAAUAUUAUUAUUAAAAAUUAAUGACAUCUAUCACCAACUAACUCUUGGGCAAACUGUUGUAAGGCACUUGGUUCUGAAAUUCUCUGUUGGUUUAUAAGAAUCCGUAUGGUAUGGUUUUUAAAUUUUAUAUGGUUUUAAAAAUCUGUGGGCUUAAAAACCUAUCUGGGCUUAAAAAUCCAUUUGUGUUUAAAAAUCCAAGUGGGUUUUAAAGUUCUGCAUUAGUAAAAAUAUGUGCAUUUGAAAAGUCUAUUUGGGCUUUAAAAAUGCAUAUGUUCUUGAAAAGGCAGUGGUUUUUAAAAAUUAGUGUACAUUUUAAAAAUCCAUGUUGAUUUAAAAAUAAGUUAUUUUAAAAAUUCAUGUGGGUUUUAAAAAUCUUGGGUUUUACAAAAAUCAGCAUGACUUUUAAAAAUCCCUGCAAGUUUUAAUUAUCAAUAUGACUUUUAGAAUCUCGUGUGGGUUUUAAAAUUCAUUUUAAAAAUCCAUAUGUAUUAAAAGUCUCUGGUUAAAAAUCUAAGUUAUAUUUUUUAUCUUUCUGCAUAUUAACUGGAUUUUUAAAUCCAACAGAUUGGGUUAGAACUGUCUCCAAGGUUGACCAGUACCAGUGAUAAUGUAAUAAUGUCUUACCUGUUUAUACUGUACAGACAUUUGAGUGUCGUGUGUGUAUAUUGAGCUCUUCUCAGAAAGUGCGAUUUUUUUAUGUGAAAUAAUUUUUAAAAGUAUAUUAUUUGAAAUAUG